AUGUUUGAAAGAAACCAAAGUGGGGAGGAGAAAGGAGAGAAAGGAUUUGGAGAAUCACUUCAUAAAUUCAUUUCUGAAACCGCAGAAGUUAAAGUGGUUUUGAUCAAUGGUCCAGGUGAAACACAUCAAGAAUUCAUUGGAAAUGUUUCUGCAAUUCCUACAUUUAUAACCAAAAUCUUUUUGCCCAAGAUUGGAGAAUGUUCUGUAAUUGGACAUGACACGAAAAGUUUCAAGGUCAAAGGAUUCGAAGUAGGUUAUUUGACUGGAAACUUACAAGUGUUAGAUGGAUCAUCAAUUCCAACUUUAGAAAAAUCACCCAACGGAUUAAAUAAUAGUACCCAAUUAACCCAACAUAAUCAACGUACAUCUAAACCAAAAGAUACUAAGGAUGAAGGAUUUAAUUUAGAUGUAACACAUCAAUUGGAUGCAUUACCUAUCACUUCUUCCACGAUUUAUAUUGGAGAAAUUAAAUUGAUUGUAUCAAAAUCUUUUAUAAAUUCCAUUCGAAUCCAAGCCGAAUUUACAGGAGGAGUAUUAAUCUGUGGACCAAUGUCUCAAACCAAACCUAACAAUCUAUACAAUCCAAUCAAAAAGGAGGUACCAAAUUUGAAUAUGAAACUUUAG